UAUUUGUUUGUUUGUUAUAUUGUCAAAAAAUCUUUAAAAAUGAGCAAAAAAAUUGUAAUAAUGGUCGAGAAAAACCUAAAGUAGCAGUCUCUCUCUAUAUAUGGAGCAGCUAGAGAGGCGAGCCGGUUGUGUGAACACUGUGACCAGUUGCUAAUUCUCACACACAAAGCAGCGGAAGAAUCUUAGAGGGAAAGAAGGAAGAAGACAUGGGAAACGAUUCAUACAAGGAUGCCAUUGCAGGACUAAGCAAGCUUCUCAGUGAACGAGCUGACCUCGGGAGUGUCGCCGCCUCAAAAAUCAAGCAGGUAGCGGCCGAGCUGGAGGCGGCCGGUUCGAAGGAGUUUGACCCGGCCGAACGUAUUAGAACCGGGUUCUUCCACUUCAAGACGGAGAAAUAUGACAAGGAUCCAAAAUUGUACGGUGCCCUUGCUAAAGGCCAGAGCCCUAAGUUUUUGGUGUUCGCUUGCUCUGAUUCUCGAGUUUGCCCUUCCCAUAUCCUCAAUUUCCAGCCAGGGGAGGCCUUUAUGGUCCGAAACAUCGCCAACAUGGUCCCGCCUUAUGACCAGACAAAAUAUUCCGGCGCGGGGUCUGCCAUUGAAUAUGCUGUGUUACAUUUGAAGGUGGAGAAUAUUGUAGUCAUCGGUCACAGCUGCUGUGGUGGUAUCAAGGGCCUCAUGUCUUUCCCAGACGACGGGUCCUCUUCUACGGACUUCAUAGAAAAUUGGGUGAAGAUCUGCUCAGCUGCCAAGACCAAGGUGGCAGCAAAAGGCGAAGGUUUAAGUUUCGAAGAGCAAUGCCACAGCUGCGAGAAGGAGGCUGUCAAUGUAUCGCUGGGAAAUCUGUUGACAUAUCCCUUUGUGAGAGAGGCCGUGGUCAACGGUGCUGUAUCGCUGAAGGGUGCCCACUACGAUUUUGUCAAGGGAACUUUCGAGCUAUGGGAUCUAGAUUUCGCAAUUUCCCCGUCCAUUGCAAUCUGAGCUUAAUUUCAAUGCAUGUUGUGUAUGUUCUAUCGAAUAAUUUUAUUUUAUUUUUGUUACGAAGGUGCGGUUUGAAUUUAUGA